CAGAUGCCAAUUUUCACGAAAAAGUUCGCCCCGAAGGUGGCACCCCCGCGGACGGCAAGGUUGAACAUUGGCUGCCCGCCGCAGCAGGAGGAACUGGACGACUUCAAAAACAUCCGGCUGAACCUGUUGGAUAAGCAGCUGUGCUUUGUCGACGGUGUUUGGAUGAGCGGCAUGGCGCUGGCAGCGGCAUCGGGUGGAAGCGGGACAGCCCCGGCGUCGACCGCCGCCAUCGAUGAUUUGCUCCGGAUGAAACGGCGGAUCAAAAGUCUGGAGCAGGAAAACAAUCUGUACCAGGUAAAGUUGGACGUACUGCUGGAUCUGCUGACGGAGAAUGUAAUUGAAUUGAGUGCGGUAAAAGGUCAAUAA